AUGGGUUAUGCACAUCCGGUGAUCCGACCUGCCGGAAUCCGCAAGUCGACUUACUGCUCUAGCUUGUACCAACAUUGCGAGACUACGAGAAGGACUGUGCAUAUAGUGAACCUAGAUCCAGCGGCUGAACAUUUCGACUAUCCUGCCGCUGUGGAUAUUAGAGAGCUCAUAUGUCUGGAUGACCUCAUGGAGAAACUUGGCUUGGGCCAAAAUGGGGGGCUCAUUUAUUGCAAGAAGAUCAAAGAUUAUCAGGACAUUGUCCAGACAUUUCGUUUGGAAAAACAAAUCCUGGUUGAUGAUUUUAGCAUGGUCAACUUUCUAGUUUAUACCACUCGACUUGAGAAGGAGAGCAGCAUACAGUAUGUGCUAUCAUGCAUCGACAACUGCAUCCAGUUUGGUGAAGAUGAUGCUGAUGUGAAGAUCAAAGAUUUUGAUCCUGUUGAAGAUGAAUAA